AGGGUUCACACAAAGAGAAGCGAGAUGCAAAUCCCCUGGCACCGUGGGCCGCCCCCCCUGCCCCACAGAUCCCGCCCCCCAGGCGAGAUGUCGGCCUACGGCCUCCUGACCAGCACCAAGGAGCCGGUGCCCCUGCGCAGCGGCUCAGUGGCGCUGCUGCUCCGCGGCUUCGUGGCGGACGUGGCCUGCGAGCUGCGCUACCGGAACGAGGAGCCGGGGCCGGUGGAAACCGUCUUCGUCUUCCCCCUGGACGCCGAGGCGGCAGGCCCUGCUGGGGGGCACCCGCGUGGAGGCCCAGCUCCGCGAGAAGGAACAG